GGCUGGGGUUGGAGAAAGGCUUGAUGAUGGGGCAGCUUGAGGGAUGGGAGGAGGCACCCCGGCAAGGGGCAAGUGGGGUACCCAGCCGGGCUGGAUCCCCUGAACCCCCAAGUCUGUACAAUACGGUUUGCUAUAAAACUCAGAAUCUUCUAGCCGGGGCCGCUGACUUCCUGUGUCUGUCUGCGGUGUGGAGUCUGAGGGUGGGUGAGGAUUGCGGAAGGGGCUCCUGUGGCUGCUUUGGGGAGAAUGGGGUCGCUUUCCCCGAGGUCACCGUCCAAGGGGGGCGGGAUUCCGGACACCUGGAAUGCCGAGGUGUGCUUCGGGUAGUCUGAAGCCGGCGAAUUCCCAGACAAGCUGUGGGCGUCCACCUUGGUGGGUCGAAGGCGCUGGGAUAUUUUUGGUGGCCCGGGUCGUGGGGUUCCCUGGGGAUCUCUGCCCACGGGCCAGACGGCCGGGGUUCGGUCUCAGCUCCACCCAAUCAUGUGGUCUCUGGGCUCCGCCCCUGCCCCAGUUCCUGUUUCGGCCCCUGGGCCUUCUAGACGCCCCGUUCUCCGCCGCCCGCCGGGGCUGCUGCGCCGCCCGCCGGGGAUGGGGUCCGGCCCGCGCUCGGGCCAGCCCCUCCCGGGGUCCCCAGGCGCCUCGGCCCCUCCGUGACCGUCGGCGCUGGUGCUGCGGCCGCUCUCAGGAUGAGGGGCGGCGAGGGGGACACGGGCGAACAGGCCCCGUUGAACCCGGAGGUGGACAGCCCCGCGGGCUCGGCCACGUACCGGGAGUUCGUGCACCGCGGCUACCUGGACCUCAUGGGGGCCAGCCAGCACUCCCUGCGGGCGCUCAGCUGGCGCCGCCUCUACCUCAGCCGGGCGAAGCUCAAAGCCUCCAGCCGCACGUCUGCCCUGCUGUCGGGCUUCGCCAUGGUGGCCAUGGUGGAGGUGCAGCUGGAGAGUGAUCAUGAAUACCCACCGGGCCUGCUGGUGGCCUUCAGCGCCUGCACCACUGUGCUAGUGGCUGUGCAUCUCUUUGCACUCAUGGUCUCCACAUGUCUGCUGCCCCACAUCGAAGCCGUGAGCAACAUCCACAAUCUCAACUCUGUCCACCAGUCGCCACACCAACGACUCCAUCGCUACGUGGAGCUGGCCUGGGGCUUCUCCACUGCCCUGGGCACCUUUCUCUUCCUAGCCGAAGUUGUUCUGGUCGGCUGGGUCAAGUUUGUGCCUAUUGGGGCCCCCAUGGACAAACCAGCUCCUGUGGUACCUAUGUCCCAGGUGCCACCGGUGACUGUCUCCCUUAGUUCAGCUUCCAACCUCACACCAUCCUCUGCUUCUGUAGGCACAUCACAGCAGCCUUCCAAAGCCUGCCCACCCCGGCAAGUGUGUGGUGCUGCCCAUGGGCCAGGUUGGCAGGCAGCUAUGGCCUCCACAGCAAUCAUGGUACCUGUGGGACUUGUGUUUAUGGCCUUUGCCCUACAUUUCUACCGAUCCUUGGUGGCCCACAAGACAGACCGCCACAAGCAGGAGCUGGAGGAACUCAGUCGCCUGCAGGGGGAGCUGCAGGCUGUGUGAGCCUGGCUUUCAACUCUUGCAAACAUUGCCUCCCUCUGUCUGCAAGAGACCCCAGGGAUCUACAGACCUCAGUCCUUGCCCCAGACUGGAGCCACCUCCUGUAAACUCUCAGGUAGAGGCUGAAUUCCUGCUCAGAGUCCCACACUCCCAGGGCUCUCCCCUGUUAUGUCCCAGUGGGUUUUGUAAGCUUUGCUGAUUGGCUGGAGGAACGAGAGGAAGUAGGAGGGUCUCAGUCUAAGCAGGCCCUCCUGGGGUCUUGAGUGGUGCUGAGCAGCUACUUGCUUCCCUGCAGAGAGGCGACAUGCCUGCACAACUGUCCUCCAAGGCAGUCUCAGCCCUUGCUUAUGUACAAUCUACUUUACAGUUGGCAUCCUGGGAGAGAUUUUACCUGUCACGGUUUGAUGGGUUCCCCAUUCCUGAUUUGACUGUUGUAGAGGAUCUGGGUGUUUGUUCCUAGGAUGAACCACUCCACACUUGGUGGCUUGUGCCUGUCCCACUGACCUCAGCUCGUCUGGCUCAUCUUUGACUAGAGCUGGGGAGGAGGAAUCUCUGAGAACUGAGGGAUUGUGCUGCUAGCUUGACUCCUUAACAAGGGUUGGAUGAGUUUUUAAGGGAGAAAAUUCAGCCCCUAGACAGCAGAGCUCUCCAAACACUGAAUUUUUGAUGCACCUUGUUUUGUUAAUAAAUUGUGUCUCACAUA